GUACAUUUAUGACAGACAUGGUUAGACACCCACAAUGCCUGAUGCAUGCACAAAGGGGAUAUGAUGCCAUUGACAGGCAACAUAGACUAAAUGACACGGACUGUGUCCUUGAAUAAAAUGAAAGAUUUCUUUGGGUUUGAACAUUGUUGGAAACAUUUGGGAUAGUGUAAGUACACAACUCAACAAAAUAUAUAACAUGGCUCUAGUUGUUUUUAGACGGAAAAGUUACAUAUAUCUUUAAGAUUGGAUACAUGCACAUACUUGAAUUAUCACGCCCACAUAGAAUGUUUUGGAUUAAACAUGUUGCUCUAAUUACAAGACAAUAUUUCCAGCAUUUGCAUCCUGUUUUAAUUCAGACUGUCUUUGUGGCGCAUUCUGAGACACACACAAAAACAAAGCUGUCUUGCCAAAUACAGAAUUUGAAUGACUAUUGUAUGAAGUGGAUUAUAGGGGGAUUGUUUGAUCAUAACUGAAUGAUAAAUCCAACAUCAAAGUUUUCCUGGAAACUUUUUUAUUUCCCUUACCAAUUACUGCUACUUUGGAUACAUUUGUGAGGAAGGAUUUCUAUUUUUAAGUAAUGGUAUCACAGUUGUAACAGAAUGAUAAGCAACAUUUAUAAAAUAUGAUCAUGUAACAUCAUUUAGGAAAAAAAAGAGUAUUGUUUUAGACUUAAGGUAGUUUUCAAAGAAUGUCAUGCUGUGACUAAACACCUGCCAAGUCCUUUGUGCAAAAGAGUCCCAUCUGUAUAUCUUCAUAUCAUCUCUCCUCUCAUGUAAUUGUUUGGUGAUUAAAGUCUGAACAACUUCCAUUUUUAAAUCAACAUGUCAUCUUUUACUUCCUCUGAGCAGAUUGGGAGAAAAAAAAACAUAAUCCCUGAAACUCUGCCUCCAAUUUUCCUGCUCCAGUGGAGAACAUGAAUGGCGAGGCCCAUUCAUUCAAGACAAUCUCAUAACAGUGCUCUCUUGUCAGCAGGUGCCACCACAAACAUUUGUUAACUUUCUCCACAGUUUGAACACUGUAAUUGACAAAAGUAGUACCUGAAGCAGGCAGGAACAGAGACAGAAAUAUGAAAAACAUGUUUAAGGAGGAUGAUUGUGGACAAAUAACAGGGUUUGGUAUACAUUUUACAUGUUGAAAAAUAUAGUGAAUAAUAAGGCAAAAACAUGCUGCAAUUUAAGAGUUCCAUUUUAAACUUGAACUAAGCUGCAUAGUUUUAUAUAAGAAGAAACACACCACUAAUUACAGCGUUUAGCCUGGUUCGUUAAAUUCUCUAUACCGUAACCCCCCACAUUCUAUAACCUCCACACGAUAAACAGCAAGCCAGACUUCAAGUGGUUGUCCUAAUGAUAAGGUAUGCCACAGUAAGGCAAAACAAGGCUGUUAAAAAGCAGAUGUCUGCACCGGUUCACAGAUGGGAUUGAUAUUGACAUGGCUGGAGGUGAUAUGUUGUAAUAUAGUCUUUACAUGCUGAAAAAUGUAUGUCCUCUAAUGAGAGUGUGUGUCUGGGGCAGGGCUGCAGCUACGUAGAGAGGGGGGGAUAUUUACUCUAUGCCAACAACAUAUACCACUUAGUCUGAAGAAGACACAGGCGACGUGAGCAAGGGGGGAAAAACGUCUCUGAUCAACCAACCGUGAUCAUGUCGACAGUGGUGCUCCUCCUCAUUAUGGGAAUAGUGGAUCUGAGCAUUGGCCAGCAUUACAGCCAGUUCCAAUGGCUGUCACAUCUGCGAGGGCGGUGGCGGUACACUGGCUGGCGGGUUGAGGAUGUGGACUGCCCCCUGGAGUGCGACUGCCCCUCAACCUUCCCCAUAGCUAUGUACUGUCAUGGCCGCAACCUUCAGCAUGUUCCCUACGUCCCCUCACAUAUUAAGUAUGUGUACCUGCAGCAUAACCAGAUCACUGGCAUCCAGGAUGGGGUGUUUGACAAUGCUACCAACUUGGUCUGGGUUGUGCUGUUUCACAACCAGCUCAACUCAGACAAGAUCGGCAAGAACGUCUUCAGCAAGCUCAAGCACCUGGACCGGCUCCUCUUGGAUCAUAAUGAGCUUAUACGUGUGCCUCCCAACUUGCCCAAGUCCAUCACAGACCUGCGACUUGGUCACAACAAGAUCCCAAAAAUCCUCUCUAAGUCAUUCGAGGGGAUGGCCAACCUCACAACCCUUCAGCUCCAAGCAAAUGUCAUAGAGGACGUUGGAGGUGUGUUCAAGGGACUGAAAUCUCUGACUAUGCUGGAUAUGAGGAAAAACAGGCUGAGGAAAAUCCCUGACAACCUCCCAGAGAGGCUGCAGCAGCUCUACCUGGAGUUUAAUAAAAUAGAGAGCGUGCCAGCGGGAUUUCUCACCAUGAAUCCCAAACUGCAGUUUGUCCGGUUGGCUCAUAACAAGCUAACAGAUAAAGGACUUCCACCCAAUGUCUUCAAUAUCAGCACGCUGAUUGAGCUUGACCUGUCUUUCAAUAAACUGGAGAAGAUCCCUGUUGUCAAUCGGAACCUGGAGAACCUUUAUUUGCAAGCCAAUAAGAUCAAAGAGUUCUCCCUGAGCAGUUUCUGCGGUACAAUCGACAUGACAAACUUCUCCAGGCUAAGAAUGCUGCGUUUGGAUGCCAAUGAGAUCAGUGCCAAAGACAUUCCUGCUGAGGCUGCCUACUGUUUGCGGCGUGUUGCCUUUAUUGAUGUGUAGCGCUCCCUGCUCUCUCUCUCUCUCUCUGUCUCUGAUUUCUCUCAACUCGUCCAGGGUGUUGCUCCAUCUGUUAGACCCUGACCUCUUGUCACCUGUCACUAUAUUUCAAUUAUAGUACAGUCUAUUCCAUCAAAGCAUAUUUUAGAUAAUACAUCGUUAAACUGUUAUGAUAGCUAUUAUUAUUAUUAUUAUUAUUAUUAUUAUUAUUAUUAUUAUU